UUUAGUAGAUAGGUUUGCUUCGUGCGCGCUGUACUCUCGCUUGCUGGCUUCCUGGCAUUCUUGUCGUCCUGGAAUCCACGUCCUGUCAUGUCCUGCCUACGCUCGUCUGUCACCGUUUGACCCGGCGGACCCACAUCAACCCGGCCCGCGUGCGGGGGAGAGAGGGCAUUGUGUGUGUGUGUGCUUGUGUUUGUGUUUGUGUGUGUGCAUGCGUGUAUGUGCGCCAGCCAACAUCUGUCGCCAUCGUUUCCGGUCGCACUCGCGGGUGCGAUGCAGAGGCGUAUCAAAUCCGACUCCAGCGGCCACAAUCCAUCGGAAAGGUAGCAGCCCAAGCAGCACGUUCGCAACGAUAAGUGAGGUUUGAGAGGAUCGAGAAAAAAGAAAAAGAAAAAAAAACCACCCCAUCUCCCACGUGUGGCCACGCUCGAUGUUGCCGGCCACAGUGCCGCGGGACUGUACUGUACAUAUUAGAUCCUCAGCGGAACCGAGGCGUGACGGAACAGUGAUACGAAGGAUUUGCGCCCAGCCGAGCGCACGUACAGCGAGCUCGAACCGUGGCCGGGCCUGCGAACGCCAUACUCUAGUCCUUGCCCGGGCCAAUGUCCUACGCGCGCCCGCUUCCGGCCAUCCCGCUGCACCACCAUGUCGUCGAAUACUGACCUCAGCUUCGAAUGGUCACUGCUCACCAAGAAGGACUGCCUCAAGUGGAACACCGCCGACUUACAGCUAGCGGCUGAGCUGGGCAAAACCUUGCUAGAGCGGAACAAGGAGCUCGAGGCGACACUAAAGCAUCACCAGAACAUCAUCGAUGAUCACGUGCAGGAGAUAGAGUAUUUAACGAAACAAAAUGCAGCCCUACGUGAGGUGAACGACUCACGCAUGAAGAUCUACGAGCAGCUGGAAGUCAGCAUCCAAGACCUAGAGCGGGACAAAUACAAGCUCGCGCUCGAGUACCAGGCAGAAAAGAAACACGUCAAACAGCUGUGUAGUAAUAUUGAGAGCUUAGAAACCAAAGUAGAGGAGUUAAGCCGAUCGCUCGACGAUGCUCGCCGACAAGCGGAAGCAGAUCGAAGGACCAAGCAGACGGAGCGGCUUCUCGGCCAGCAGCAGCUGCAACCGGCCACACCGCCGAUCAUCGUCGUGUCCAACAGCCAGCCUAGCCAUGCAUCGAAAGACGCCAAACUGAACGCAUCCCGACAGGAGGAUGGCACCACCACCGGGAACCAGCGACAUACAACCAGCUCGUGUCAACAGAAGGGUGGAGCGUCCUGCGUCGCAAGCCAAAGCACCGAUGCCCAACAACCUCCAGAGGACGAGACAGACACGGAAAAUGUCCGACAGGGGGACACUGGACUAGACGAGCUAACCUUGAGUGAGGAUAACGAGGAGGUGUUGCGCAUCAUGCAGGAGCUUGGACGCACCCAGAAGUGUCUGCUGUCAGAGCAGGGCAAGGUGAGCGAACUGGAGGAGCAGCUGGCCGCGAUCGCACAGGAGAACCACACGCUGCAGUCGAAACUACUGCAGGUGCACACGGUAGACGAGAUGAAGUCCGUGCACGAUGAGCUGUCAGUGUUGGAAGAAUUCAGGCAAGGACCCGUCUGUACCCGGUGUCUGCGAGACCUCGGUGAGCAUCCUGACAACGAUUCCAUCAUCACCGGCACGGAGGACGACGACGCCAGCCUGAUGGAGCUUAUCCACAACACGGAACUGCCGCAGCGCUUCCGUUCGUCCGUCACGCUGGAGAUCCUGCCGACGGAACCGGACAGCCUGGACCUAUCUGUGAGUGACUGCGCCGGUCCAACCAACCCCUAUCGCGAGCUGGUCGAGAAAUAUGAGGCCCUUCUCGAAGUACACCGCCAACCCAUGAUGCGAAAGGCAGCAGCCACGGAUGAAGCGACGUUGGGCGCGGGUCCGACCGCUUCCGGCAACAACACACCCGUUGACAGCUGUCAACCACAGCAACUUGGUGGAGAUCCGAUUACCACAGUUGAAUCAACAACGGCGCCACGUUACAUGAUUGAGUUUGGACCCGCAAUGGGCGUUGGAGAUGGACCACCGGAGCAACGAAGGGCCGAAUGUUCCGAGGCGGAAACGGCCAGUUCUGGCUACUCGGAUGAGGUCAGCAACAAAGCAACGCAGACGGAUGAAAGCCCGCGGAACUUCCUCUGCACGAUUGCGGACGGUAAAGACUGGCGAUUCAGCAUCUACGAGGACGAAAGCGCCAUCGAUUCGCGGUUCCGCUUUAGCCCGGCCCAUCGUGAGCUGUUCCGGGAGAUUUUUAGCGUGUUGCGAAAGGCGGCUGAGAACCGGGACGAAGGUGACCAGCUGCCGUUGUUGGAUGAUGCAAAGCCAACAGUUGGUGCUGUUGUAGCGCGUGGUGGAACAAGUACCGUUCCACCGGUAACACCAGCGAACGAGGAACCUCCGGGUGGAUGCUUCCCAACAGGAACCAUACUGCAGAAGCAGGACGAAGAAGAGGAUGACGACGAAACGGUUAGCUUCGUAUCGUCCUCCGCUGUCAGUGAACAGUCAUUUGCGAUGUCGGAGUGCAUCACAAAGUCGGAACGGCGACGGAUUGCACGUCAAGCGAAGGCCGCUAGUCGAUACGCUGAGGAUCUACCGGAGGGUGAUGGCCAGCAGUUGCAGCAGCAGCAUCAUCCGCUUCAACAGCCAGUUUCUGUUGACGGGCGCGCCCACCAGAUGGCGUAUCAACCGCUGGAUUACAUCUCCGUGGCGGUGGGCGUUAAUAAGCGCAAGUCUCGCCGUCGAAGCCAUCGUCGGGAGGUUGGCCAGGAUGGACCGGGUGUGUCCCCACAGACACCUCAAACCCCAACCUCCUCUCGCACCGGUAGCACCCGUAAGCAUCGACCCUGCUUCCGGCCAUGGAAUCCUGAGCGCGAUGGUGACACCGGUGCUGUCAGUGGCAACACCUCCACGAGAGCCGGCCAGGUUGCGGAGUGGAACGGUGACUCGCUCACGAUCUACAACCGGACUAAGGGCAGACCGGGCCCCACCAGCACCCCCGCCAUACCGGCCCAAUCGCCGGCGGUGCGGUCCCGGCGUUCGAGCGAGAAAAAGCGCAACCAAUCCGGAGCACGUAAUCGGUACGCGGAUCUCGCGGACAACGCACUUGGGGAGGAUGUGUUCGAGUUCCGGCCAUCGUCUGCCUCGCAACACCUGCACAAGCUGCAGAAGCUUGAUCUGUCGUAUGCGGAGGUCCUGCGUCGGGCUGACGGUGGUCAGCCAUUCGCCGCUCGACGUCAGUACAAGCCACAGUGAGGUGGGGGAACGAGCGCGAAACCAAGGGGGGGAGGAGGAGGGAGGGGAGAAGAAGGGCCAAACAAGAGUGAGGUUGAAGAG